UGUAGUUUUAUACAGUAUGGGCGACAUAUAUAAACCCUCGGUUACACAUUUCUUUUCUAACGCGAGUUUAACAGUUUUAGCAGCUCUUUAACAACCGACGCAAGAUGGCAACGGUGUGACGUCAUGAUUAGACACCUCAGUCGAAGAAGAAAAAGGCGGAAGUUACACCCGAGACGCAAACGGCGACACAAAUGCCCGUACUUGGCGACGACAAGGCAAGACGACAUAUAAUCGAGUUUAAAACAUUCAAAAUGUUCAAAGAGUUGGUAACGGAGCGACUGAUGGCGGCAGCCGAUGAAAUAUUCGCACUGUUCGAAGGAACGAUAGCGUCCUACGAGGAGGAACUUUCUCGAACAAAAGAAAUGAACGAGCUACAACGACAACAUCUUGAAGCUGUUUGCAAGACUCUAACUAUGACACAAGUUAAAGACAUCCAGCCGCUGAUUGUUUGUCAGGAUGGAUUUCCCCCUGAGCUGCAGGAGGGGAGCUCCACUUUGAAGCAGAAGGAUCCACAGCCCCUGCACAUUAAAGAGGAAGAGGAGGACCUCUGGGUCACUCGUCUUCCAGCGCUGGAGGAAGAUAAUCUAGCGAAAUUGCCACUGGCUGGUGUCUCUAUGAAGUAUGAAGACCGUGAAGACAAACCACUUCAGUCCUCACCGCUUCAUCGCCGUCCAGGUAAGCAGAACAAACGGGGAGAGUCUCCAAGCAGCAGCUCACCAAAACACGCAACGACAGAAGAUGAUGGAGAUGACUGUGGCGGAUCACAAGCAGACAACCUCUUCGCUCCAUUCUCAGAUAGUGACAGCACAAUGUCUCACUCCGAUGAAGGCAGGUACGACACCCAAAAACCUUUGAGCAGCGGUACAGACUGGGAAAGUGAUAUGAGGACUCCGACUGACAACCUACAGUCUGAAUGCUCUGAAAAAAAGACACAUGCGAUUAUGGGGAACAUUCACAAGAGAACACACACAGUAGAAAAACCUUUUAUUUGUUCAUUUUGUGAUAAAAGAUUCUCUCAACAAUCAACAAUGUUAAACCACAUGAGAACACACACAGUAGAAAAGCCUUUUAUUUGUUCAUUUUGUGAUAAAAGAUUCUCUCAACAAUCAACAAUGUUAAAUCACAUUCGAACGCACACAGGAGAAAAACCUUUUACUUGUUUUGUUUGUGAUAAAAGAUUCUCUCACAACUCAACAAUGUUAAAUCACAUGAGAACGCACACAGGAGAAAAGCCUUUUGUUUGUUCAUUUUGUGGCGAAAGCUUCUCUCAAAAAACAUAUUUGGUAUCGCAUAGGAGAACACACACAGGAGAAAAACCCUUUAGUUGUUCUGCUUGUGGUAAAAUAUUCUCUUAUAAGUCAAAUAUGGUAAAACACAUGAGAACACACACAGGAGAAAAACCUUUCAGUUGUUCAGUAUGCGAGAAAAGGUUCUCUGAUAAGUCAAAUAUGUUAAAACAUAUGAGAAAACACAAGACAAUUGCCUUUUAGUUGUUGCAAAAGAUUCUUUAAAAAGUCAAAUCUGGUGAAACACUAAAAUGCACAAAGCAGUGAAACACUAUUCAAUGUUUUACUUACUUCCUGUUUACCUCCAGGCAAGUAAAGGAUUCAAGGAACUUGAGAUGGCAUGUAAUUUCCAGGCUAUAAAGCACACCAAAAUAUAAGCCGCACUCACAUCAUUUUUGGACUAAUUUGAUUUUGCACGUAUAUUGGUCGCACAAGUCUAUAAGGCGCAGGUGUACACAUUGAGACAUGAAAUAUUUACACAGGCGCUUUUGUUCAUUCAAUGUCUUCGUUCUCUUCCAGCCGUUAGGUGCCGGUUGUGCUGGAUUUUGUGCGGUUGCUUUUCCUUAUUCGAUGGCUGGGAUGUCGGGUCCAUCGUUUUGUGCAUUUCGUUGUUUCUUCUGCAUGAUGAGUGUGCUUGCAUAAUGGCUGACUAAAUAAGUGUGAUUUAAAGUGAACAAUUUAAUUGGUAACCGUGAUCAGUUUGGCAAUUUCAUUGGUCUAUAUUGUCAACUGUGGUGAGGCUAAACUUAUCGGUUGCAUGUGAAGCUAGUCAACCCAGAAAAAAUCCAUAAAAUAUCCGCAACAUUGUAUAAAGUGCAAGUUUCAAAGCAUGGGCAAAGAGUAUUGGCUUAUACUCCGGAAAUUACAGUAUGUCAAUAUUUGUAUUUUCUCAAAAUAUUUUUUCCGGUGCAUGUUCACAAAUUCAAGGAAUGAUUCCCUGAAAACCGGAGGACCCCUAACUGUUUUUAACCAAUCAGCGUUCAACAGCACACCCUACCCCUGUGAAGGUUCCAGGAAGUUUCCAAAACUUUAACCAAGCUCGCGAGAACUCAGAAAAGUUUCUGAAGAACUAGUUUUGGGUGUAAACAAAGGGGGAUCUUUAUUUCCCUGGGUACAUGGGUAAGUUCCUGUAAAAGUUUUGCCCUCAAAAGUUCAUUUUGAGGGCAAAACCAAAAUGAUUUAAUUUAGUAGGUUGUUUAGUUAUUGUAUACCAAUGACUUUGUUUUGCUCAAAAAUUGUUUGUAAUAUAAGAGUAAAGAACUGGUAGUUUAAAUAUUUUGUUGAUAUUAUUUAACUGUUAAUAGCACUCAUCUUAAGCAAACGGAAAAAAUGGACAGUUAAUACAUUAAUUGGUAUCAACUAAUCUCACUCAAACAUCGAUAUAGGGAUCGGCAGCAUAAAACCCUGAUAAGAACACCUCUUAAAUUUACUACCCAAGAUCCCAGAUUUAGCUCAAAAAGUACCACAUUGAACAACAUAUUCCUGUUAAAGUUAAAAAGUACCAAUGAUUGUCUCACACACUAGGUGUGGCGAAAUUAUUCUCUGCAUUUGACCCAUCACCCUUGAUCACCCCUCGGUAGGUGAGGGGAGCAGUGGGCAGCAGCAGUGGCCACGCCCGGGAAUAAUUUUUGGUGAUUUAACCCCCAAUUCCAACCGUUGAUGCUGCGUAAUUACUUACUGCCCAUGUUGCCUUUUGGCAAGCUUGUUGAGUCUGUCUUUGAAAUUGAUGUGUGCACCCUCUCAUAUGUUACAGUACUCCCAAGAUAGGUGGACUCAUUUAUUGUUGUUGGGCUUCUUUAUACAGAUGAUUUGUUUAUGGAUCUGAAAUAUAAAGGGUCGCAAUUCCUGUUCACUUUGUGUUAAAACAUCAGUUUGAGCAACUUAAGAGUUUUUCUCCAGCGUGUCUGUAUCUGUGCUGUCCGUCUGUGGUAUAGCAGUAGUUUAUAUGGCGGUAGUGAUAGGUGGUCUGAGGAUAUGAAGUAUGGCCAAGUUAAAAUGGCAAGGACACAAUCAAAAAAUGUGAAAAUAAUCUAAUGAUUCCAAGGUCAACAGUGAAUCAAAAACACAAAAAAUCACUAUGAAAGUGGAAAGACUAUGAUCUGAGAACAGCAAAGUCCAACCUGGCCCGUGUCGUCAAAGCAGCAGCUCAACAAAAGAUAACCCACCACUUCAAGGAUAGCAGAAACAAGUUCAGGUCGGCAGCAACACAACCAGCACCAUCACAAUGGAUCACAAGGAUCUGUUUUUAACCCCCUGCCCUUCUUGAAUUCUCCUCCUACUCUUUCGUUGACCUCUUAUUCGUGCACAUUUGGCAAUGUUUGUUUGUUUAUUUCAGGUUAAAUUGUACAUAUUCAUGCUACUAUUUACAUUUUAAAUAUACUUUUUAUUUGUAUGCAUUGUUUGUACCUUGGAAAGGGGGGAAAGGAAACAUUAUUUUGAUGCUCUGGACAUAUGGUGAAUUAGCAAUAAAGACUCUUGAAUCUUGAAUAAAAGUACCAGGA